GUAACUGUUCGUCGUGUGGCUCCCGUGAUUCUCUCUCAAAUCUCUCUCAAUUUGUUGGAUUUGUUAUAUUUUCAUUCAUAGAUUUCAAUCGAUUUGCUGAUUUACGAACAAAUUUAAACCUUAAUUCAUUGAAUUUUUCUUUAAAAAAAAAUGGUGAAACAACAAUCUAUGAACAAUCUGGAAAUCGAUGAUGAGGUUGAGAAUUCAAAUCUCCAGGAGGAAUUGGAUGAUUCAUCGUCGGAGGAUGCUUUGUACAACGACGUUUUAUCGAGUGGUAUGUUUGCAUCAGGAGAAACGAACGUUCUUCAGUGGCUUCUGGCACUGGAUUUGCAGGUUAUGGGAGCUUGUAGAGUGGAUGAGAGGUUAAAGCCUUUGUUGAAGCUUAAUGUUUCUGCUGGUGCUGCUGAAGAUCGAUUGCUCGCUCAUCUUAGUCAAAACUUUGAGCCAUCAGAGGUUGGAAUGCUCGCGAGGUGUUUGUGCAUUCCACUUGUUACAAUGCGGGUUGGGAAGAUCAGGAAGCAAGGGACGCUGUUGUGUCCAACAACUACAAGGGGGAACUUAAACCUUGCAAUAUUGCCAACAUCAGACUUGCGCAUCUCAUUCAUUGGGGAUGACGGCAGCACAGAGAGAGUUGGAACAUUUUGCAGUGAAUCUGAUUGUUCUGCCAUAGAGAUAAAAGAUAUUGUGGCAGAUGAUUCUGGACGCUCGUUCCUUAUUAGUAUCCCUGAUGGUGAGACGUUCUACUUUUGGUGUUCAGAGAAGUCUAAGCUCCUUGGAGAUGAGUUGCGGAGAAAGAUGAGGGAUUUGAUUAAGAUGAAGCCUUCCUUGGCUGAGUUAACUGGAAUCAAUGAAUCGCGGAUUGACUGUUUCGCCAUUCAUCUUCGAGCUUAUCUUCACGGUUCAGCAGCUAUAAAUCCUCAAGCAAGUUCCAUGAUGUCAAGAGAUCCUCCUGUUGCUGGCUUUGUUGAUUCUUCAGAACUUGGUCUUGAUGCCCAGAUAUCAGUUGCAUCUCAGAAACCUCUGCGGCCUGAGCACGUCAGUAGCAUGGGAUCAAACACCAGCCUGAUGAGCAGCCUUAGUCCUAUGUCUAAUGCUUUUAAAGAUAGCAUGCUCAGGAACUCAUCAUCUGUAUGUGUUUCUGGAGACGGGCUGAGGCAGCAUGGUGAUAGCUAUCUUUCAUGUGUAGAUAGCCAUAUUGCAGGCAUAAGUAGCACAGAUGCACUUAGUUCAACAAAUGUUGAAGACGAUAAAAUUGGAAGAGAAACUCGUCCUUCAAAUGUUUUGGAGCCGUUUGUUGCUGCCCUUCCUUUUCGAGGCUCUGCAGCUACUGUUCAUUCUCUGGACUCAACAGUUUUCUCUCCUUAUUACUGUUGGUGUCCUCCUGCUGUAUCCACUCUGCAGUACUCAGUUGGAACUCCACAUUUGCCUAUUUUAUCCACAGACUCUUCAAUACCACUACUUUCGUCAAUAGCACCUUCUGCUUGUUCAUCUAGUAUUUUGACACCAAACCCGUCUCUUGUCACUGAUGUCUCCGCUUUAGAUUUCCCACCUCUUCUGCCCGAGCCAUUGAUCAGGUUGCCAUUUUCUUUGGGUCCUUCACAGCAAAUACCUACUUUCACACCUUUAGUAGGCGACUCUAUAGUCCAUAUUCCUGUUAUUGACGUGUGCUCUUCUGGUCAAGGUUACUUUGUCAGUGCAGGUCCUGCUAUCUCUGGCAGUAUUCCACAGUUACACCCAAAUUUAGUGAAUCCUUUGAUUCCCCCAGAAACAGAAUCCAUGGCUGAGAAAAGUGCCAGGGAGACACUUCGGUUGCUCAUAAAUAACUCCAACCAGCCCAGCCCACAGCUGAUUGAUCUACUGCCUCCUGUGCUUUCUCGUAGUGGUGAAGAGACCCGCAAUAUGGUGGUUACUGGAAGCAGAGGACUUUACUCUAGAACCAUAGGUGUUGAUACCACAAUAGCAAAUGAUUUUUCGUUCAAGGGUUUGGCUUCAUUAUCUGAAAAGCCUGUUGGUGGAUGGCUCGAUAAGAAGAAACUUCGUAUACAAGAGAUGUUUGUUCCACCGGAGAAACCAGGUAUUUCCGGUGAAUCUUCAAUGGAUGAUGAUUGUGGUUUUAUAGAUUUUGAAAAAGAAACAAAGAAUUGAUAAACAGAGUGCUCUUAUUUGCUCUUGUGUUUUUCAAGUUGUACCGCAAAAAAACUGUGAAUAUUUUUGUUUGUAGCUUUAUAUUGUCAAAUGUAACUAAUCUCAAGUCCAUUCAAUAUUACCUUUAUAUGGCUAUCUUUACGUU